ACCUCGCCACUCCCAGUCAUGUGGUAGAAGUACACAACACAAGGGAGUGGAAUGUAUGUACUGGUUACAGCUUAAUGCUAGACCAACUUUAAACAAGAGAUAAAAUAAUUGAGCCGACUAUGACAUGCAAGUCCAAACCGAAAUACUAUUUGGCACAGUCUUCAUUUCAGCUACUACAGCAAUUCAUUUUACAAUCAGAAACUGGCAAUCCAGGCUGGCAAACCAAAUCAAAUUUACGGACUAACAACCACUGGUAGACAGUCCUGAUGGAUCUUUCUACACACAGUGGUCUCUCAGCCAGCGCUGACAGUCUUUCAGAUAAGACUUCAAAGGGUGGAAUGCUGGGAAAGAUUUUUUGGAAUCCAUUUGCUUCCUUUACUCAGGACAAAGAGAGGGAGAAAGACUUAUCAGGCUCUGCGGAAAAACUCACUUUUUACGACAAACACUUUGAAGAUAAGAAGGUCAAAAGCAAUCUGAAAGAGAGAAAGGAGAAAACAGAAACACCAGCAGUUCCCCCCAAACCCACUGAAGAGGAGCUAAAGGUUACAGCCUCACCUGCUAGACUGAAAAAGAUUGAGACUGAUAACCAUCAGGACCAAUCUAAUGAUAAGUGCCUUAAAGUGGGAGAAUGUCUCCUCACUGGGAAAAACGAGGAGAACAAGGACAGAGAGGAGGCGUUGGUAAACCCCAUUGAUAACACAGCAGUCAAGAUGAAAAAAACGAAGAAACACAAUCCGUUCAUGCCUCACAAUGUUGGGAGUAAGGGUCAAGCCAUGCAGAAGAAGGGGGAACUCCAGCAGGGAACCAUAAAUAGUGACGAAACAGAGAAUCAAGGUGGAACUAAAUCAUUAUUUGACCAAUUGGAGGAAUUCCGUGUCAAUCCCACAGAGAUGGAGAAACAGAAUAUGGAUGACCUGAUGGCAUGGUGGAGCACUGUAGAGCAGUGGGAAGACAUGCCUCAAGAUGAUGUCAUGACGGAAAAACAGGAGGCCAAGGCGUUUGCAGGGACCGCAGUAAAGGUGCAGAAAGGUAUCCGUGUGUUCAACAAGCUGUUCUCAGAGCGAGCAGAGAGCCUGUGGAAGCAUGUCAUUGACCUGAACAGCAUUGCAGAUGCCCUCGACAGCUUCAGCAAGAAGACCAAAAUCGUCCAGAUCACUGGUGGUUCUACUAGCGCUUUAGGCGGUGUAUGUACCAUCGUAGGCCUUGCACUGGCCCCUGUCACUUUAGGGACCUCCCUGAUCGUCACGGCGGUGGGGCUGGGUGUGGCAACAGCGGGGGGCCUGGCCUCAGCUGGAGCUGGAAUCUCCAACACAGUCAACGACUCCCUGGACCGCAAGAAGGUUGAGGCCAUUGUAACGGACUUUCAGGGGAAGAUGAGCGACAUCAACAAGUGCAUGCUAUUCAUCAAGCAGGGGAUUGAGAGCCUGCGUAGGUUCGACCUGCUGAAGAUGAAGAAGCAUGCCUACAACCGUGAUUUCCCGGGUUUCAACAACAUCUAUGAAGACGGCGCCAUGGCUGGGAAGGCUAUCCUCGUUAAUGCCAGUGAGCUAAUGCGAGUAAUGCAGAUUGCCAAUGUGGCGGGCAGCACUGCGGCACGAGCUGUCCAGAUUGCCAGUAUGGCCACUGGAGUGCUCACUGGCCUGUUUGUGGCCAUGGACAUCUACUUUGUGGCACAGGACUCUAAGGAGCUGAAGAAGGGAGCAAAGUCAGAGUUUGCUGCCAAGAUCAGGGAGGUGGCGUCCCAGCUGCAUGACGGACUGGUGGAGCUCAACAGCAUACGAGUUGAACUGCAUUCCACAAACACCCCCGACAACUCCAAUAAAACCAAUGUAGACCCCAAAAGCAAUGCCUUAGACAGUGCCAGUCAUAGUACAGCCCUGGACAGCUCAGAUGAUGGAACAGACAACCACAAAACCUCUAACGUUAUUACUGAUAAUUAAAGUAAUACAUCAGAUAAUAGCAAAGCUAAAACCAUAACUAAUUUCAUAAAAUGAGUCGUUUUUUAUUUUGGAAGCUGAUUGGACAAAAAUGUUUUAUAUCCGAAAUUAUGACAAAGAUAUUUUCACUGUUUUUAAUGCAGUGCUAACCAGUUUAUAAUAGCAGUAAGGCACCUCUGAUUUUUGUGCAGUGUAGCAAAUAUACCAUUGCUAAGACUGUAUUCAGGCAUGAUGACAUAUUGGCCAUAUCACAAUCCCCUUCAAGCCUAACCCAUAUUACAAUUUCAAGGCUUAAAUUGUUCUUUUAGACAUAAGGUGAUGGCAGGAAACUACUCUCUGCAGCCUAUGUAACAGCCUUACAAAUAUAUGCUCCACACUGGAUUUUGUCUAAUUGUCUUCAGGGCUAAUUGUAAAUAAGUAUACUUAUUUUCAGCAAAAUAUUUUGUGUAAUUAAAUUGUUGGCUAUACAAUACGAAGGGCCAUAAUAAACUGUGUUGCUUUGUUUCCUUUUUGGUUUCAGGUUUUGGGUAAUACUGUACUUUAUUUUAGAUUAGGAAUGGGCUUUCAUAUACUCUGAAGCAUACAUUUUAAAGAUAGCACUUCAUAGCCACACAUUGAUUAUCAUAGGUUCAUGCCCUGUUGAAAUACAUUUUUUUGGGGGGUGCAUAAUUUAUUUCAGAAGAAUGUCUGUAACUUGAACUAUUUGUUAAUCCAAAUAAAUACAGUUGGCUAAGA